AUGACUGAAUCAGAAGAACACAGUGACUACGAGGCUCAACCUGAUCAACCUCAAUUUGGCUCUUCAACAUCAAAAGUUGCAGUAAAAGUUGUUAGAGCAGCUUUAGCUUUGAAUAAUUCAAAUAUUCCAAUAACUAAGGCCAAUUUACAAAGACAUGCUUGGGAAGAUGUUCCUUUUGGUAGAGCUAAUUUCCAACAAGCUUUGAACCUCGCAAAUAGUAUUUUAAAUGACACAUUUGGAUUAACUAUUGAAGAAUUACCACCAAAGAAAUCCUUAAACGAUGGUAAAAAGAAAGAAUCUAAAACACAACAAUAUAUAUUAGUUAACCAGCUUCAAGAUCCUUAUCUAAAAUUCCAACUUGAGAGUCAAUGGUUAUCAAAAUCUAAUGCACUUUUCCAAAGUGAAUUGAUGGAAAAACGUCACGAUUAUAGAAACAAUAAAGAAUUAUAUCCAGCUUUAUCUACAGAUGAAGGUUUGGUGUUUAGUGGAUUAGCAUUAGCUAUUGUUGCCAUUAUAAUGGUUUCAAAUAAUCAUAUCAAUCAAGUUGAAUUAAUUAAAAUAAUGAAGGAAACAUUUGGUGUUGAUCCAAAUACUGAAUUAGAAGUUUUAAAUAUAACGAUUGAAGAAUUUUUGAAAAAAUUGGAUAAAACUGAUUAUGUUAAUAGAAGUUGUAUUAAAAAUGAUAAUGAAGAAGUUGUUGAAUAUAGUGUGGGGAGAAGAGCUAAAUCAGAAUUCAAUAGAGAAAGUUUCAUUGCAUUCACACAAAUUAUAUAUAAUGAACCUGAUGGAAGUCCAGAAUUUCUUGCACAGAUUAAUGCAACUAUUGAUGCUACAUUUGGUACAGUUGCUACAGGUGAACAAGUAUGA